AUGGUCAUAUAAAUGAGCAUAAUGAGCAUAUCACUGCACUCGGCAUCAUCGGAUACGGUCUCGUUGACCAGCCGACGAACAAUAUCAACUAGUAAGCAUUGGGCGGCUAUUUUUGAUGAAAGAAUUUAUCAGAUAUGCAAUAUCGUACAUCCUGGCCUCCCGAUUGACAAUGCUGCAGUUGAGCACAUUCGAUAUUUUUUGCAAAGUAUCGUUUUUGAGCUCAUCGAAGCACGUGCCACAAGUGUCGUCGAAGUGGACAAAACUGCGAAAAAGCUGUUCGCAUUCGGUCUGCAGACUGUUUGUAAAGAAGCCUGGGACAACAUGCACCAACAACUCCAAAAGCACAAAUAUCAAAAAGCCCUGAAAACAGUUCUAGAAAGCCAACAUCGCCUGGCAGCAGUCAUCAAAGAAACACUUGGACCACGAGAAAAAGAGAAAAAAGAUCGAGAAAAGAAGGAAAUCGAACGUAUCGCAUGCUAUAUUUAUUAUGCAUGUGAAAGUGUUACUGAAGAUGUGCUCAGGCUGACUGGAAAUUAUGUGAAAAAUAUUCGAAAUAGUGAGCAAAAGAUUACGAUGGCUAAUCUUGAUGUGGCGAUGAACGGGGAUAAGGCCCUAAUGGAGCUCCGAACAAAACUUCGAAACGAGGAGGAAGCCGAAUCUCCCGGCGGUUUUGGUUUUCUAUCGGAAUUUGAGGAAUUUGUUGCCGAAGAGACUGAAGAAAAGACCCUAUCGAAUAGUCAGACAUAUGAAUCAGUAGCUGUUGAUUUUUUGAGAGAUGAGAGACGAUUUAUUCGUGAAUUGAAUAGGAUUAAUGUAUUUCGACGGAGAAUCGAAUCGGUUGCGGCGACGGAUGUUGAUAAGCAAAUCGUGUGCAACCUGUUCGGAAAUCUCACUGAGAUCCACGAUCUUGCUCUGAAAAUCGAACGAACCCUCGAAGAUGCCAUCGAGCUCAGCGAUACUCAAUGUAUUGGAAUGGGAAUUUGGGAGCACGGAGAAGCUUAUGAAUUCGAUACCUAUACAUUCUAUAUAAGAAGAGAUGGUGGAGAAAUGAAUGAGACACGACACGCGACAUAUGUGAUUAAUGAUAAUAUUAAAGCAUUGCUGGAAAGUGAACGAUUCGCCUCGUUAUUCCAAUCGGGAGAACAUUAUUUGGGAAGCUCGUUGGAUGGACAAAGUUUUCGAUUAGCUGUACAAUAUGUGUUGCCUCAGUUGUUGCAUAUUCCCAUUUUUCAUAUUUAUCAGUAUCAUGAGUAUAUUACUCGCCUCCACCAACUCAGUUCCAGUGAAGAAGAUCGUCGUGAUCUGAAUGAUUGUCGUUCAGCAUUCGAACGUGUCGUUGGAUGUGUAUCCGAUAUGUCUCCUGAAUUGAAAACUAAAAUCACACAAUUUCUGGAUCAGCAGGCAAAAAGUGAAAAGAUUUAUAAUGUGAAAAGACUGAAUGAAAUUCAAUCGUCAAUUGAUGGAUUUACCGGUAGUCCGAUUGGAAAAACGUGCAAUGAAUUGGAAAAAGACGGUGAUCUGGGAAUGAUUCGGCCAUCUCUUCAAUUUUCAAGUGAAAUUACGAAGAAUAAAAAGUGGAAAACGGAAAGAUUCGUCUACAUCUUCGACCAAAUGAUAGUGCUCUGCAAACGACACCGGAAUACACUAAAAUUCAAAGAUCGCCUAGCCGUUCAUUCGAUCGACGUCUUUGAUAUUCCAGAUUCCGAAGUCACAAAUUGCUUUAAAAUCGAAUCACACGACAAAUCAAGCCUCCCCAAAAUCUAUCAUUUUGUGUGUAAAAAUCCCGAAGAAAAACGCCAAUGGAUGGCUGUUCUGGUGAAAGUGACGACGAAAAGCGUGCUCGACAGAAUUCUAGACAAUCACGAAAAGGAAGAGGCAAAGAGGAUCCCACUUGUCGUGCCAGGACCCGAUCAGUAUCGAUUUUCAGAGCCAGAUACAGAGGAUAACAUUUCUUUCGAGGAUUACACGUCGAGCAGUGGUAUCCCUGUGAUAAAGUGUGGAACUGUUCUGAAGCUGAUUGAACGACUGACAUAUCAUUCUUAUACGGAUAGCAAGUAUAUUCUGACAUUUCUCAUCUCAUAUCGGUCAUUUUGUACUCCGAAUGAUUUGUUUAGUCUUCUUCUCGAACGAUUUAAUAUUCCAACUCCUAAGAAGCUUCAACAACCGAAACAAGGUGGCGGUCCACUAGCUGGUCGUUAUGAUACUGUCCAAUCUCAUGGACUAUCCGCAAUUUCUAGUUCAUCAUGUAUCAAUCCACUCUGCGAGCAGAAAUUCCGAAAAGAGUUCCAACAACCGAUUCAGCUCCGAGUUUUGAGUGUCAUCAAUCAAUGGGUCAAACUUCAUUGGUACGAUUUCCAGUGUGAUCCUGUACUUCUAGAUGCUCUUGAACUAUUUCUGAAUAGAUGUUGUGAUCCGAGGGAAGGGCUCAGUAAACAGCAUAAGAAGUUUUGCAAGACGAUAUUGGCGUUGAUUGAGAAACGAGUCAAGAAUCCGCCGGGAAUCAUGCAACAGCCGAAUGAGAAUGGGGAUAAGGGAGCCGCUGAUGAGGGUCAUGUUAAUAGUGCAUUUGUGUUUGGUGAUGAUCAACAACAUCCGCCACAACAUCAAGUGUAUACUAAUGAGAGUCCCAAGGAGACCAAUCAGGUUCUCUGGCACACUGCUCAAAAAGGAGACGUCGAUCAUUACGAUCUGCUCACACUGCAUCCAAUCGAAAUUGGAAGACAGUUAACUCUGCUUCACUCCGACUUGUACCGAGCUAUUCAGCCGAUUGAGCUCGUCGAAGCCGCGUGGACGAAAGCUGAGAAAUGGAGGAAAAGUCCGCAGUUGUUGAGAUUAACCGAUCAUUCUACACUGUUAACCUACUGGGUAUCCCGAUCAAUAGUGGAAACGGAAUCCCUCGAAGAACGUAUGGCAAUGUUCAACAGAGUACUUGAAGUGAUGUCAGUAUUCGAAGAACUUCAUAAUUUCACGGGUCUAGUCGCCUUCUACUCUGCACUCAAUUCUUCGUGUAUUUUCCGAUUAAAAUGGUGUUGGGAUGGGUUGGAUAACGAGAAGAAGAAGUGUUUCGAUCGAUUCAAUACACUUUGUGAACGGCGUUGGCAAGAAAUGCAGAAACGUCUCAGUUCGAUUAAUCCCCCGUGUAUUCCGUUCUUCGGUCAUUAUCUUUCCAAUAUUUAUUUUUUGGAGCAAGGUAACAGCACAUUUGUCAACAAGUCACCACCACAUGGUGCUGCCGGUGCACAAAAACAGCAGAAGGACGAUUUGAAGGCAUCGGAUCCCGAGAAUUCAAACAAGCAAUUCAAGCAACUGGUAUCAUUUCUGAAGUUGCGGAAAAUUUCGAAUGUGAUCCGUGAGAUCCAGAUCUUCCAGGAUCAACGGUACUCGCUGACGUUGGAGCCGACGAUUCGACAAUUCUUCGAGUCAAUAAACCCAAAGAAUGAUUUCAAAAGCAAUGAGGAUUUGGAAGAAUACCUCUACAACAAGUCACUCGAGAUUCAACCAAAAGGCCUCGACACGCCAACGGCAGAAUUGAAGCCAAAGCACAAUGCCUCAACACUCCGUUCUCCUGGAGUAAAACCGCCGAAAGCUGCAGGAAAUCACUACUCGGCGAAUCAUCCGAUCGGACUUCAUCUUCAUUCUCAGAAUUCGCAUUCGGCACCACACGCAAUGUCAAGCCAGUCGAGUACGGUGCCAAAUACUCCACUCAGCGCACAUGAGACGAAGAGAAGCUUGUCACAUAAUCAGGACGAUGCUCCUCUCCAACAAUUUGUCGAUAUUCGAUUUGAGAGAAAGGGGACGCAUCCGAAAAUUCCUGUCCUCCAACCGCCACCACUUCUUCCACGUUCAUCACGAGCCAAUCAAAGUAAUUCGGUCUCACUGCCACCUACUACACAAGCUCCAAUGCCACCAGCUCCGAAGAGUUCUGGAAUGAUGAGCACUGCGACGAGUCCGACGACACUGACGACGACGACGACUCCUAGCUCUGCAGGUGGACCACCACCGAAGCUUCAUCCAAGACGUAUGACACAGCAGCCGAUGUCUCCGUUGGCAAAGUCUCCGUUGACUCCUUCUAGAGACAACUCAUCACCAUCGGCCUUCCAAUUUCCCGUUGUCUACGAAGCAUCAACAGCACCACCACUUCCACCUCGUCCAUCUACAUCGUCAGAUGUGUCGUCAUCUCCCAGCACAUCUGGAUCCACAUCGUCAGCUACCAAAGAAAAUCAAGAACAGCUCCGAGUAAUCUUCGAUCGCGAAGAAUCACAUUCUCCAACCGUCCGUCUUUCUGUGCCCCUUCCACCAGCUCUUCCUCCACCGAGAGGAUCUUCCGUGUUCCGGGCGCCACCACCACUUCCACCAAAAUCAAACCGUCACAACAGCAACAGUCCAACACUUUCUUCGGAGCAACCUUUCGAAGAUCCAAUGUCUCCAUCGAUUUUCGUCAACACUCCACCACCGCCGUUGCCACCAAAGACUUACAGAAGCUCUAAUAAGUAGAAACGAGCAGAGCCCAUCUCAUAUCUCGAAUUCCCCCCCCCCCCCCCCCCAAUAUGUACACAGAUUUACCGCCCCUCUCCCCCCAACCUUUAACGGGACCUCAAAAUUCUGAUAAUGCGUAUUGUGCACCAUAUUUGACGCGCAAAAUAUCUCGUACCAAAAACUACAGUAACCCUUUAAGCGAUUACUGUAGCACUGAUGUCGAUUUACGGGGCUCGAUUUUCGAAAUGAUUUUUUUCGAAUUGUAACAGCGAAUCGAUAAAUCGUUGUCACUAUUCGAAAAGAAAUUCAUUUCGAAAAUCGAGUCCCGUAAAUCGACAUCAUCGCUACAAUAGUCAUUUAAAGAGUUACUGUAGUUUUCGCUGCGAGAUAUUUGGCGCAGUACGCAUUCUCAUGAUUUCGUGUUCCCAUAAUACUUUGUCUUAUUUUGAUUCUCCCUAUGGCCAUCAAUCCACCAAAUCCAAUACACCCGAUCUCAUAGUUUCCAGAAGAAGUUCCAAAAAAUAUUUUGAGAUUUCCGUCCCCCCCACGCAAACACACACACACAUAAAACCAAACCCGUUAUAUUCCUGUGAUAAGCAUCAACACAUCAUCCUCAGAAAACGUUUUCUUUCCUGAUUAAUUUGUUUUUCUUUCGAAUUUUCUUGUCUGGUUUCAUUUUUUUUUCAUUUUUUCAUUGAAUUUUUAUUCUAUUUUCUAUUUUUCAUUCCUCAAAAGUAAAUAGUUAAAUAAUUUUAA